CUCGUAACUGUAGAAGCUUCAACCCGUGCAAAAUUGCUAGGGUUUCUACUUGAAGCGGAGAGGAAGCUCGAACCUGCUGCGCGAAGCCAUCAAUCACCUGUCCAGUGUGAUCCCGCAAUAUUCCAGCAAUGGAUCCGGUUUGUUCCCCCUGUUUCCAUGAUCCAUCAACGUUCAGCUUCAACUUUCCUUCCAUCGGUGGUCUCCAAUGGUUCGAUCUACAAUGGUGGUCGGUUCCAGCUUUUGUGCUCUGAAAAUCGAAUUGUUGCGGGCUUUCCAAACAAACCAAAGGGUCAUCACCAGCAGCUCCUUCUCGGAAGAAACAGGUGCUCGGUGGUCUCCACUUGGUCAUUACAGAGCGUGCAGAUGGGGUGAGGAUGAAGCACAAGAAGGAGUGGGCUGUGAUCUGAGCCGAUCGCUGGUAAAGCCUGAACUUCAGCCUCUGGGAAAGUUACUCGCCAUUCCAUGGCGUUUCGGGAUAACCUCAUCAGCCUCGGGGUUCAUUUCUAACUUACCAUAGAACGCUGCCCAAUGAGGGCUAUGGUCUCGUACCUCCGCCUUUAACCAAGGGGCUCGCUGUGAUUGGAGGCCACAGAGGUUUGGAGGUUGGAUUUAUCAGUAUUACUGGUACUAGAUGUGUUAGGGUAUGGUGAUUUGUGAUUAGAUUGAAGGGGGCUCCAUGGGAUUGAACAGGGGAUGGCUCUGCGGUCGCCUACAGAAUGCAACUCGGUGGGUAAUGGAGGGAAACACUCGGCGAGGGUAACGCACGACUAGGAAGGGGGAUAAAAGAUGGAUGUCGGGGAGUAAAGGUGGAUGGGUUGUAGAAGGGAAACUCAGUCGAAGGAUGGUUAGGGUUAGGGUUUGGGAUUCAUCUUACCAGAUCUGGUGUGCUCUCAACGCCCUUUAGAGUGAGCAGCGAAUCCAGACUCAUGGUGGUUUCAGAAGUUGUGUUGAUCCAGCUGCCAUUGAAGGAGCGAAGACUGCUCUGCCCGAAGGAGAGAGAAAACUCUUCCAGAGAAGAGAGUAUUUGCCAACGGAGCCUGUGUAUGUCUACAGUUAUUUUAGAGAUUUGAUUAAUACCUUCUUGACGUGUGAGGUUAACGACUAGUUGAGGCGACUAGGACAUUUCCCAUCUUUCUCGGAACCCAUUAUUAUUAGCUAUCAUAUAUUGUGAAUUUGUGGCUUGUUUCCUUAGAUCAUGAGAGAGUGGAGAAUUUUCCAUCGAAGCUGUACAUUUGGUUCCCAAGAUCAAAUGGAACGAGUCAUAGGUUAGGACUUUGUGUGGCAAUUUAGCAACAUGGAGAUGUGAGUGAGCACCGAGCUAACGGACUAGAACACGUG